AUGUCACAACAUCGUGAUGACCAAGAAAUAGAAGCCCUUGCAGAAAACAGAAUCAUUGAGGAUACUGGCAUCGUGCUUUGUUGUAGAAUCCUGUACAUGCUACAUAUGUCUAUCCUUCAUAAAUCGGAUGUCACUAAGCCAACACAAUAUAGGCCACUACCAGUAUCUGAACCACCACAACCAACCCGAAGCUCGCCUCAUUCGUGGUCAUGCAGUGAUAGAGAAACGCAGGACAUGCAAAGCUCUCUAUUUCAUGGGAGUACUUCUGUUAAUGGUAUUGUGAAUGAUGUGGACGUCAGGGCUUUCAUCGACGAUUUCAGCAGUCAAGCUAAGAGUCAGAUCACUUUGGCAGGUGUCUCUGUGGCCAUGGACGUCGCCAUCCUUGCCAUUCCAGGUCUAGGAACGACCGAAACUUCACGGAUGCUUUGCUCCUGCUCCUUACUUUUAGGUGUUGGCUGCAUUUUUGCCGCUACAAUGGUGCAACACUUUGGGGAGAGAAUGAGAUCCAUUGACUUCGCGGUUCAAUUCACGUCAUAUUACUGCAGCCUGACCUUGACCUUGCUUAUUGAACAGUAUACCGACUUGCUUUUGCGUACUAAGGUCAAUCAACUUUGA